CAGGACGUCGAACCCAGACUGGAGAUUUUCGUUGUUUAACCAGUAAAUUGAACGUGUCGAAUCGCUGUUAUUGUUCAGUUUUUUGUUUGGAUAAACCGGUCGUACUGGCCGCGCGACAUUUCGGAUAAAUGCUCUACUAACGUAGUGAGGUAUUUCCUGCUAUCUCGUGAAUUUCCAACGUCUUCGUUUGACAGAUUGUCGGUGUGUGUAUGCGUUCGUUCCACGUGAAUUCUUUGUUUGGGCACCGGUCAUGUUUCUGACAAGCAUUGAUACUGCGGGGUGGUAGCGAUAACCUGGUGCAUGCCACAAUGUUACGCUGGAUGCUUGCAUGUUGCGCAUUACACUGUCGAAGAGUUGGACGGCUCGAGUAGCGCAUAAAAUAGAUUCGAAAAGACCGGGUCACGUGUAAAAUCACGAUACGUAAGCGGAUGUACUGUCGUAAUUAUCUCGAGGUGAACGAAAAAUUGAAAAAAAAGAAAAAAAAAAUUAAAGAGAGUUGAGUGUGCGACGGUCACCGGAAGUCGAGCGGAUGUUUAAAAUAUUGAGAAGAUCGGGUGGCCCUCCGUCGGUGAUGGCUGGGAAAGAUGGGAAGCUGGAGCCGAAAAGUGGGGACGUGGUGAGGCAGGGAUUCAUGGUGAAACGUUCUCAGAACAAGAAACGUUUCACCCCCGUUAACUACAAGCAGCGCUGGUUCGUCCUGACGAGACGCUUCCUCGUCUACUACGAUGGCGACGGAGAGCGGCGCAAGGAACGAGGUAGAAUCGCGGUCGAGAGCGUCCACGUGGUUGAAACGGCGAGCCUCGGGAGCAACGCCGGCGGCGUCGGCGGCGGCGUCGGCAGCGACGUGGCAGGCAGCGAGACAGGAACAGGAGGCGGAGGCGGGGGUGGAAUACCACCUGGGCUACCAUUCCAGGUGGGCUAUCGGGAAGCUGGCCAAGAGUACACGCUCUACCUUCUCGCUGGCCGCGAGCAGGACCGCGCAGAGUGGAUUCGUGCCAUCCGUGCUGUGUGCAGCGAGAAUCCCGGGCUGAGCGGUCGUUAUCACGCCGGAUUGUGGAGUGGAAAACGCUGGUCCUGCUGCCGCUUGUCGACGCGCUCCGCGGAGGGCUGCGAUACUUGCAGCUCCUGGUCCUCUAAGCCGUUAAACACAACGAACCCGUCCUCGACGUCCACUUCUAGCUUCGCUUCGGCACCCGGAACCACCAUCGCCACCUCCACCAUUGCCGCCAUCACCGAUCGACCGCAGACGACCAACUCGGAGGCCAAUAACAAUCCCAUCGUUCACUCUCAGGCUCGCUCGACAAUCGGGACCCCCUCGACUCCGAUAAUGCCAGGGGGCACGCCCGGUACCCCGUCUUCUAAAACAAAGGACAAAAUAAUGAUGAGAACGAAGGUCGUGGUAGCUCUGUACCCUUUUCGAGCGAUCGAAGGAGGCGAUCUGUCUCUCGAAAAGGGCGCGGAGUACGAGGUGCUGGAUGAUUCUCAGGAACAUUGGUGGAAAGUCAAAGAUGAGCACGGAUCGAUCGGCUACAUUCCCAGCAACUACGUGAAGGAAAAGGAGCUACUGGGUCUUCAGAAAUACGAAUGGUACGUGGGCGAUAUGUCCAGACAACGCGCGGAAUCAUUGCUCAAACAAGAAGACAAAGAAGGAUGCUUCGUCGUUCGCAAUUCUUCAACCAAAGGACUUUACACGCUUUCCCUCUACACUAAAGUCCCCCAUCCUCACGUGAAACACUAUCACAUCAAGCAGAACACGAGGGGAGAAUUCUAUUUGUCUGAGAAACAUUGCUGCGGCUCCAUACCCGACUUGGUCAACUAUCACAGGCACAACAGCGGAGGAUUGGCCAGUCGAUUGAAGACCAGCCCUUGCGAUCGUCCGGUACCACCAACCGCUGGCCUCAGUCAUGAUAAAUGGGAGAUCGAUCCGGCAGAGCUGCAUCUAUUGGAAGAGCUAGGCUCUGGGCAAUUUGGAGUCGUGCGAAGAGGCAAAUGGCGCGGUUCCAUAGACGUUGCUGUUAAAAUGAUGAAAGGAGGCACCAUGUCCGAAGACGACUUUAUAGAAGAAGCUAAAGUGAUGACGAAACUUCAACACCAAAACUUGGUCCAGUUGUAUGGCGUUUGCAGUAAAGAUAGACCGAUAUACAUCGUCACCGAGUACAUGCGACAUGGAUCUCUCCUCAACUACCUCCGUCGUCAUGAAGCAACAUUGGGAGCAAACGUUGGUCUCCUUUUAGACAUGUGCAUACAGGUUUGCAAAGGAAUGGCUUAUUUGGAAAGGCACAACUACAUUCACAGAGAUCUUGCUGCGCGCAAUUGCCUGGUAGGCUCGGAAAACGUAGUAAAGGUGGCAGACUUUGGACUAGCGAGGUAUGUGCUCGACGACCAAUACACCAGUAGCGGUGGUACCAAAUUCCCAAUCAAAUGGGCACCGCCAGAGGUCUUGAACUACACCCGCUUCAGCUCUAAAUCGGACGUCUGGGCCUACGGAGUGCUCAUGUGGGAAGUAUUUACGUGUGGAAAGAUGCCUUACGGUCGCCUAAAGAAUACCGAAGUAGUAGAAAGAGUUCAACGAGGAAUCAUCCUAGAGAGACCCAAAGCCUGUUUCAAGGAAGUUUACGAGGUAAUGCGAAAAUGUUGGGCACAUUGCCCGGAAGUGCGACCAUCCUUCCGCGUUCUGAAGGAACAGCUCAUCAGCGUAUCUCAAGGUCUGCUCAAUGAUUGACUCAACCUCCUACGGUGUAUGCGCCUAUCGUCGCCUUCGAGCAGGUCAAUACAGACAGCGAAAUCUCCAUCGCUCGAGCGAUCGCCCUCGAUUCUACCAUCCUCGAACUCCUCAUCGUCGUACAACUCGGCCACAUUGCCGUCGUCGCGGAAAACACGUGCGCCAGCCUCUCUGCCGCCCUCGGUCGAUUUUCUACACCUGUCGUCAUCCACGUGUAAACCGAAGAAAGAAGGGUCAUCCUCACCGAGUACACCUGGCCACCAACCUAGUCAACCAUCGUCAAGCUCGUCUAACGUCUGUGACAUUUGCAGUUCCUACGGGCAUCCGUGGAUCGAAAUUUGCAAGGCGAUACGAGCCACUAAAGGCAAAUAAUUUUUCUUUUUCUUUUCGUGAAUGUGUGUGUGUGUGUCCCGAAAUACGUGUGUCGUCAACUUCAAACGACUGUAACGCGGCUUACAACGCGGCAGAAUUUAUACCGAUACGUUAUUUCAAUCUCCAACGCCACACUCCUAAACGUCCCGAUCCCUUUUCCAUCGUCCCACUCCUUCCUCCGAAUCUCCCCCGUUAUUAAAUACUGAUACUUCGAAUGUUGUUUUCUUUUUCUUUCUUUCUUUCUUUCUUUUUUUUUUUCAUUUUUGUUCUCGUCAAACAAAGAUCCGAGUGCGUGAUAUUUUUGCGUUUCGCAUACUAGUUCUUCCCCACUCCGGUACGAUUUACUUUCAGUCUCUUUCUUCCAUACAACGAUAUGGAUGCAUUUACGAAUAGUACGGUAGUAUUUAUUGAGUGUCCUUAAACGGACACGACUAGCAAGUUGUGAGUUUUCCGUAGGAGCAUAUACUGGUCCCUUUUGUUAUUGACUUUUUAACGAAACAGUAACAUUACUCUACGAAGAAAAGCAUUAUUUCUGCUUAACGAAUGAAUUUAAUAAAUGAAUGUCUCACUUGUGUAUUAUAUACUAUGACAAUUUAAUAAAAUAGAAUAAAGAAAGAAAGAAUUAGCGGAAUUAUUUAUAGGUUUAGGAUAUCCCGAUAGCGGAAUCCGAACGAUCGGGGAAACGUGAUCGAACCUGUCCCCGCGACGAGAUGUUUUCGAUCGAAACACGCGACACCGACACUUUUUCUGUUCCUUGUUUUCUAUGCUCAAUUAUCCAACGAAAGCUACUCGUUGGUAGAAUAACGUAAUACGAUACUUUGAACGACCGAUUGUCGUCACGUUUUCGAAGGUUUUCUUAAAAACAUUUUUUAUGGCUAUCGAGCUUACAAAUACAUCGCCAAAAAAAAAAGAGUUCUACCUACUGAAUUUAUCCGAAUCGGUGAUCUUAGCAAUUAUUCAAUCAAAAGUUUGAUGACGAUUGUCGAAUCAUUAUUAUCAAAGGCACGUAGAAAUAAAAUAGAAGUAAAAUAGAAGUAAACUUGUACGAAAAGAAGGUGGAAAUACUUUCUCACGAACGCCAUCAGUAUUCUCACUAAUAUGUACACUCCCCGAGUAAUUUUAAUUGCGUUAAGUAAAACAUUUCAUUGCUAGUAUAACGUUAUUCGAACGCUACGUUAUGGUAACACUUUAGACGUACGAUACUGUUCAUUCGGACUAAGAUUAUAAGAGAUUUUUACGGAGGCAAAUUUGCGCGGUAUGGAGACUGAUCGCUGAAUGGGCGCGAAUUUCAAAGUGAGCGUCUUCGAUCACGUGGAUGCGCGCGCAUCCUUCGAGAGACCAGCCCACCUUCAAUUCCAGCUGGGUCCUACCUAACCUAGCAAACUUGUGACACACGAUUCGUAAACUUACAAACUUAAAAGCAAUUACUAUGUAUAAUUCGUGUAUAAGUGUAACUCGUGAUUUAUAAGAAUUGUCACAUUCUUUUUCGAAAAGGAGACGACAUAAUAAAAUAGAUGCGAAAAAUUAGUAUACGUGUACUGUUUUACACCAUUUGAUAUUUACGAGUAUAUUAGGGUUUGAAAUGUUCAUAACUGUAAAGUAAACAAGUGAUAAACAUGCGAUUUGUUAUCAGUUUUACUAACAUCAAAUACUGCAGGUAAUAAGAGUAAAUAAAAUGAUGUAUAUCGAAUAAACCAUUCGAAGUAAAUGUGAUUUAAUUUGUAGCCAUCUGUAAUAAAGAGUUUUUCUUUUAGUAUUAA